AUGACUGUUAACGUAACCUCCAGCUAUCACUUCAACACAAGUAAUGGGACAACCUACGAGCCCUUGACGGCUUCCAAGAUAAUUUCAGCUGUGGUUUUGCUGUUAACAUUUGUGUUUGGAUUGGUUGGAAAUACUUUAUAUCUUUGGGUCCUUUGGUUCAGGAUGAGAAAAACUAUAAACACAACUUGGUUCUUUCAUCUUAUUUUGGGCAAUCUCUUUUUCACUCUUAUCAUUCCAUUUGCUACUGUCUAUUUUAUGAUGAAACCUCACUGGAUGUUUGGAUUGUUUAUGUGCAAGUUCAUUAAUGUAUUUUUGUCAUUAGCUAUGUUUGCCGCAGUGUUUGUCCUUACAACAAUCAGCAUUGACCGUUACUGCUUGGUCUUCCAUCCAGUAUGGUACAGAAAUCACAUGAAUCCUCAGAACGCUUCGAUCAUCUGCAUUUUUUGGUGGAUUAUUGCAUUUUUGAUUAGCUCUCCUUAUCUUGUGUUUCGACAAGUAAAAGAUGACGACAAGAACAUCACUAUCUGCUACAAUGAUUUCACCAGUUUUGGAAAGUGGAAUGAACAGCAAUUAAAGUGGAGCCUGUUCAGUGUUCGUUUGUUAAUGGGUUUACUAAUUCCUUUUGCUAUUGUUGCAUAUUGUUAUCUACAAAUAUUUAUCAAGAUGAAGAAGGAAGGACUUGCACGCUCCAGUAAACCCUACAAGAUAAUCAUCAUUGCGAUUCUAUCUUUCUUUAUUUCCUGGACCCCCUACCAUAUAUGGUAUGGAAUGUCCGUGGAAGGCAGCGUCCAAGAGAGUAUCCUACAACCUUUACAAGUCUUAACAACAUGUUUGAGCUGUAUUAAUUCUUGCUUUACACCAUUACUUUACCUGUUUGUUGUGGAAAGCUUCAAAAAUAUGUUCAGGAAGUCUCUAUUUCAUCUCAUUGAGUCGGUUCUUAAGGAAACAUUUUCUGAAAAUAAAUAACAAGAGUUACAGUCUGAUAUAAGGGAUGCCAUAGACAUAGAGGAUAGGAGGGAAAGAAUACACAAAUUCCAACAAGUUCAAUGCAUGGUAUAUGCAGAGCCAAGCUUUUUAUUCCACUGUGUUAUUAUUCCGAUAAACUUAAACCAUAUAUCAAGUUAUCUGGACUUAUUUCUAUGAAGCCAUUGUCUGAGCAGGACACAUCAUAUACCACAGCUCUUGGUCCGUAGAUGUGCAGAAUUAUAUUGGAAUUGUGAUUGGUUGCUUUGUUUCGGAGUUAUGUGGCAAAACAUCUACCUUCCAAAUACAAUGCAUUACCAUUGUGCUCUGGAAACUGUGACAGUUGGUGAACUCUCCUUGUGGACCUGCUGACUGACCUGGAACAUAUGACCUGUUGGGUGGUCUGGAAACUGUGACAGUUAUGUGUAGCCACCCACUAAGCAGGGAUACUACGGGGUAUCAACUCCUAUGUGGGUGAAAAGGUAUAAAAUGUUCCAUCCAGCAAACUCUUGCCCAGUUGAAACCGGGCACAUCAGUUAGUAUUGGACGAAUAGUCUAGCAAUAUAGCAGCAGAGAAUGCCAUACCCUUAUUUCUUCUGUCUGCCUCUAUUGCUCCCAAAUCUCCCUAUACCUCCCAUUUACCCUAUUCCUCCCUCUCAUCCCUUUCUACUGAUCUUUCUUAUCUCAUUAUUGGUUUCCUCCCCCUCUCUUUCCUAUACAGUAUCCCCUUUUCUCACUUCGGCUGCUGUGGGUAGUGAGCGAGCUUGGUGGGUCGUAAGCUGUUGUGGCCAGCAUUGCCAUUUUCUUUUUUCUUUUCCUUUUCUCUGUACCCCUUGCCCCUUUAUUGAUGUUGGCAUGAACUCUGAUGCUGCAGCCAGACACAGGGAAGCAUUGCUCCCCUGAAUUUAAUUGUGUGCUGUAUGGAAAGGGGGUGAGAAGGGAGGGAGAUGAGCAAAAUGGCUUGUGAGCAGGGGGUAUUGUGGCACAUUGGGCACACAGAAAGGAGGUGAGAAGGGAGGGUG